CAUUAUGCCUUCUCUUGCUUAACGGUUAUGUCACUUGUCGCCUGCCUGACAUGUAGUAAGGGACUUUGGUACCACAGUGCUACCGCAGGGCCAUUCCAUUGCAGUGCAAGAAAGACACCGACAAGACAGAAAUAAGCUACGCUUUUUCCACUCAGCUGCACUCUACAACAACCAGCUCUCAGCAAGGAAUGUUCAUUGUAUUUCUGCUUUGGCUCAGGUCUGAAGAAUAAGGCUCUGCCUUUAGUAUCUGCAUGGUGAAGAAGUAGCACUAUCAGGUCAGUGUCAUCCCCAACAACCACGGUGUCUGUGGAAUGGGAUGCUGCAAUGGCAUCUUGGACGAUUACAAGAAUGCGUCUGCCAGUGCUGGUCAUCUGCUACACAAGGAAGUGAUGAGUUGUCAAAUAGCACAGGCGGAUGGGUACAUACAUGUAAAGCGUGUGGUAGACACAUCCUCCAUUGCCAUGGAGACAGCUGUGCUUGCAGAGGUUACCAACCAAUUUCCAUGUCAGGAAACGAAAGUGUUCCCUACGUCAAGCGAUUAAGAGUUGAUACUUUCUUCACGUCGCAGAAACACCUGUGGAAGUUUGAUUGGCUAUCGGAAAUCACGACAAGGUCGGACCAAGUCAUGUCUGGUUGUUACAAGACUGAAUGCAAGAUGUCCCCAGCAGCCUUACAUUCCUUAGAUGUUAGUUGGUUGACCCUGUAACGCAAGAUGUCCAAGUCGGCUCCAUACAUUAGCUGGUCCCUCUCGCAGCUUCAGCAUCACAGACUUCAAGGCUAGAGCAAGGCUCGAAAUCUUGACUGCAACUUUCUUCAGCUGUUGGCUAAGAAUAUUUGGACAAGUCAUAUCUUAUAAAUUUCAAGUUCAGCAAAUACUUAUUCUGAAACGCUUGUUGCAUAAGUUUACAAGAGAAAAGGCCAUCUUUCUCUGUAAUAAUAGUGGUCUUUGAAAUCAGAGACACAAAUAUUGUUCUGGUAACAUUUUCAAACUGUUGUAGGUUUGUAAUUUCAAAAGGCUGGCAUUUGGCCAUAUAUUUUUCAAUAAAACAGGGAAAGUGGAUUUUAUUUGAUAUCAAGUCUCUUCAUUUUGUUGUGUGUCUUUUAUGGUAAUUUAUUUUUAGAUAAAAAUAAUGAACCUUAACAGAAUUUACUCUGGAAGCUAAUGAAAUAGCUAUAAACGGUUAGGGUCCUAUAUACAGAUUCACAUUUCCCUAAAAGUGGUAUAUUUCAAGUUGGCCAUCAGAAAGCGAUAAAUGCCCUAAAAAGUCAAACUUUGUAGGGAAAAAUGUCAAAGCAUUACUUGGAAAAUACUUCAGACCAGUCUGUAGGGUUUGUGCAAAAGAUGUCAGGUGAUGUCCUUGUAUGAAACUCCGCUACGAACUACGUGUAUUUUUAUUGGAAAACGUGUUCUUUGGGAAAUGGUGAUUAACAAAGCUUAUGGAUUUAAAGGAAAUGGUACGAAAAUUGAAGCAAACGUGAUAUGUGCACAGUCACAAUGUAAUUGUAAUCUGCUAACUAAGCAUUUAAACCAAGGCUUGCAUUAGGAAUUCUUUCACGUUAAGACCGCGAACUGAAGGCCCAAACUGUGCCACACUAUACAUUUAGUCGAAUGAAUCGCCGUACUCAUGGGUCGUUUAU